AUGGCGACUUCGAAUGAGGAUGUAAACGAUAGAACCUCUGCUGCUGGGGCCUCUAAUAGCGAACAAUCAAGUGCUAAUGCAAAUUUUGAAUGUAACAUUUGUCUCGACACCGCGAAAGAUGCAGUUAUCAGUUUCUGUGGACAUUUAUUUUGGUAAGAAUGUUGUUUGGGUGUAUUUGCUGAUGUGUAAUAAGUAUUGGUACUUUAUAUUCAGUUCUUUUUCCUCUUUUUAUUCCCCUUUCGCUAACUGUUACACCGUAAAAAACUGAGAAAUCUAUUUUUCUCCCUUACAGCUGGCCAUGUCUUCACAAGGUGAGUAACAUAACUUUCAAUUAAACCGUGUAAAUUAAGUUAUUUUUGGGAGAAAAGUAAUUAAUAAUACUUUCCGUGAGCUGUGAAUCACGCCGUCUUCACGUCGAUUCUGGCAAAUUUUCAUGCCUUUUUCAUGUUAAAACAGUGUGCUGAUAGUAUUUUACUUUCGCUCCAUACUUAGAAACAAGUUAAAAUAGACAUUUCAUAUCAUUAUAUAUUGGAAAAGUUGCAACUUGAUUUAUUCAUGUGGAUAGUUGUUACUCCUGUAUAGUUCAAUUUACACCCACAACACUGAACUUGGCAGUCAACAGUCAAUCUUUCGAUAUUAGCAUACAUCAAAAUUGCUUCAUUUGAUUUUGUGAGCCUAAGGCUCGAGAAAAAAAUGUCCUCAGGACUGUGGUAUUGAAAAAAAUCAAAAGGAACAAUCCUUGGAAUCACUAUUUGCAAACUGAUUGGGGUGAGUUUCAAAGGAAUGUUAACUGCUUGUCUCCUAAUGGUAUACUAUGGCCAUGGUACUAAGCCAAUCAGCUGUUGUCUGAGCAGGGUAAUUUAGUGUUAUUGACUAAGUUGAUAAUGUAAAUUGGCCACCAUGAAGGGUAUCAAAACUGACAAUUUGAGCGUCAGCCAUUCUCCAGAGCGAAUGACAAAGGGCCAAUGUCAAAACGUUAACUUUGAAACUCUUUAUGGUAGCCAAUUUAGGUUAUAAACUCGGUUGAUAAUACUAAAUUACCCUGUUAUAGUCUCCCACCGACCCAAAACCACAGUUUUUUUAGAAACUUACCCCCUUCAUUGUGUAGUUUGAGCACCAGUAUUGAUUUUAAAAGUGAAGUGGAUUAGUUGCUUGGUUCUUAACUGCUUCUUGUCAAUUUGAUCAACUUCACUCAGAAACUUUGGAUUUGACCUUCUUAAGCUAUUCUAAAUCAUGAACAUUUGUAUGAUAGUGUAGUUUGAUCAUUCAGAUGAGUGUUGUCCUUAGAAGGACUGUUGUCGGUAGUGGUGACUGACAUUUUGACAACCUGAGAGGAAUUCAUGAUAAAAAUGUGUCUUAAAAUAUGGUACAAGGAAAAAUCUGAGUUUCUUUUUGAGAAUUUGAACUAUAUUCCUUCAGAUUUCACAGUCUAAUGUGCUACUACCGAGAUUCAUAGAAUAUGGUGAUGAAUUUGGCUGAAACUAAGUUCACAACAAACUCUUCAUCUUAUAAGCAAUGACCAAGUUCAAAAUUCACCAUCUUUCUUGAUCUUCCCACAACUAAUAGGUUUUUGAUUUACUGACGACGUGAUAUUCUCCUUUUUUGUUUUUCAGUGGCUAGAAACGCGGCCUAACAAAUCAGUGUGCCCAGUUUGCAAGGCAGGUAUUAGCAAAGAUAAAGUCAUUCCACUGUAUGGUAGAGGAAGCACUAAUCAGGAAGACCCCAGGUAAACUUGGACCCCAGAGUCCAAACCUUUCACUCCCAAGAUGGUAGUAGUAAUUAUCCAAGCUGUCUGCCAUACUUUUCUUCAAAGUUAGUAUGUCAGUGCGACUGGCAGAAACCUCACAACUAGACUGACUGAAUACAAAUGAGCGAUGAGGAAAGGUCUUGUCAACAAUCACAUUACUGAACAUCACAGACUCAUGAACCACACUAUUGACUUGGACUCUGCACAAUGCCUCAGAGAAUUUAGUGACAUAAAAAAAUAUACCUUUGUAGAUAUUUCUCUUCUCUCCUAUCCCAUCUCUGUGGGACAUUGUGCUGAUAUUGUGUGGGGAAAUUACUUUUUAGUCAUUCGAGAUAGGGACUGAAAGCAUUAAACAUACCCUUUAUGUAAAUUAGUUAACUUUUUAUUGCCUCUUUUUAUUAUUCUGUACACCAAAGUGGAGUUACUUGACAUAAGCUGUGAACCAUCAUGCUCACUUGACUGCCCUAAAAACAACUGUCAUUAAAAUGUUAGCUUGUAGCUCUCAAUUCAAUAUUUGGUAACAUUAUACUAAGUAAUUUCAUUCAAUAACAUCACUAUGUUUAACCUUUUAAAGAGAGAAAAUGCCACCAAGACCUCAGGGAAGAAGACCAGAACCAGAAAAUAAUGGAGUAAGUACAUCUACAUUGAAUUCAAGUAGUAGAACUUUAUUUUCUAGGUUCUAGCCCUCCAUAUGUUUUGAUGAAAACCUUGAAUAGAGUGGGAUACCAAUUCAUAAACAGAUGGUAGAGACCAAAAUUACACAGUACAGUCUAAAAAUGGACAAUAGUGACCAAAAUCAGAUAGUCCUCUCCAAAAACAGACACUACAGUCCAAAAUGGGAGUCUUCAUUCUGAGAGCAGAAGGUAGUGUCUAAAAUUGGAUGGUGGUGUCCAAAAGCAGAGACUGUUAUAAACCCAAAAAGUAUUGUUAUUAGAGACAAGUGUCUGAAAUAGUAUGUUAUCAUCUGAAAAUUGAAUGCCAUGGUAAAAAAUCAAAGAAAGUCAUUGAUUUUCUUUCAAUUGAAAAUAAAUCCAAAAAAUAUGUAUGAAUCUAAUACAUGUACACUCUGGACACUCCCACUAACUAAGAAGAGCACAUAUAGUACAUGUAUGCGGGUAAUUGUAUUUAUAAAUUAUUUAGAGAAAACAGAAUGAGCAAUUUUAUAGUCCUACACAGUGAUCAUUUUAAAUAUGCAUGUUGAUAGCAUUUUUUGGGGUGCUUCUGUUGGAAAAGGGACGGGAGGGUACCAUCAGCUGUCCAAAAUCAAAACUCUUGUCUUCAAAAUCAGACUUGAGUACCAGAAAACAAUUGGAAUCAUUGAAGUUGGAGGCACUGUCUAAAGGCAGACAGAAGAAUGUAAAAACAAUUACUUGUGUCCAAAGUGUGGCAGUACCGUCCAAAAAUGGAAGCAAAUUCCCAAAUUCAGAUGGUACCAUCUGUAAUAGGGAAACAAGUGUCUAAUAUCGAAUUAAAUCAUGUAUGAUUUGUAAAUUUGAGUGUUGGAUGUGAUUUUUCAGGGCUUCCCAGGCUUUGGUGGAUUUGGUGAUGGAUUUCAACUUUCAUUUGGUAUUGGUGCAUUCCCAUUUGCCUUCUUCUCAACGGUAAGCCUUGCCUCAUUUAAUUUGAGACAGUACUUGUUUUCAUCUUUUUGCCGCAUCAAUAUUAAUGAUCAAAUAAAAUUGCUUGAUUAUUUAAUUAUUAAUUGCAGACAUUUGGUGGCCAAGGACAGACUGCAGGUGGGUUGUCGUAUAAUUGUUAUAAAAUGCAUUAUCUUAAUUCAGGCAGAAGCGUAUUUUAAAAUUAUCAGAACAUACGUGGCUUGUUGUAACCAACCUUGGACCCAGCAGAAAGAAGUUUCUUCUAAAGAAAAUUUGGCAAAUGAUACACCACAAAAAUUAACUACCAUUCGCCCAAAGCAUAAUAUUCCAACCAAGGCUUUCACUAAUUUGAACCAAAUUGUUGAUCAGAAGGUAGUUGAUGACUUAAAGUGAAUAACAUGUGUUUCCCUCUCCUGUGAUCACCACUUCCCUACUUCAAUGUUAUUUACAUGUAUAUUUGAUGAUUCAUUAAUCAAUAUCUUUUGUUAACAGCACCACCAGGAUCACCUCAAGCAGAGGAUGAGCAGUUUCUUUCCAAGCUGUUCCUUUGGGUUGCAUUCUUGUUUAUGUUUUGGCUUCUAAUUGCAUGAUCGUUAUGUAGCAUAUCCUUGUAUUUAGUGGUAAGAGAGCAAGUUCAAGUCUCCUGAGCCAAAUAUCAGUGUCAAUAGAAAAUAGGAAAGAGCUAUGUAGAGUGACCUGAACAGAUUACACAUAGACAGAUGGAUGGUAACUGACAUCUUUGUUGAAUGUGUUUCUCCAAAAAAGGUUCAUGGGUCACCCUUGACUAAAUCUAGGUGUGUUUUAUUUUUAUGUUUUUAUUUUGCAGAUAAACUAGAAAGAAAGCAACCUCAUUACUCUGUUACAAUGUGUACCUGUUAGGUUAUAGUGAAUUAUAUACUAUUAAACUCUAUGUUGUGGAGGGAAAUUAUAUCAAGUUACAUAGUGAUGAAGGUCAAAUAGUGUGCACUAAAGGGUUACAAACGAGAUAUAACAUAAUUACUGUGAUAGCUCUUUCAAGUGUUAAGUGUGAGUGAAUUAAAUGCCAUGAAAUGCUGGCAACGUAUCUCACGUUAUAUAGUGAUGAAGGUUGACAAGUAGGAAAUCAACAUGGAAAGAUAACAGGAUUACUGUGAUAGGUCUUUUCAGUGUUCAGUUUGACAUACCAUGUGUAUUUUGAUGAAGAGACAAAUUGACACAAAUCUAAUAGUUAUUACAUAGCAGUAAAGGUUCCUCAAAAGAGCAGGGAAUUUUACUGGUGGAUACCACAGAUUCAUAGUGAAAUAACUGCAUAUUAAGUGCUUAUAGACUGAUGUUGUUAUUUAACCAACUGACAGACUUGAAAGCAGACAAUUGGAAUGCACUAAAAUUAGCUGAACUUUUUCUGACAAUUGUCUAACAGUUCUUAUGAAAAAGCUGUACUUCAGCUACCACAGAUACAAAUAGAAUAAAGUUUUUAAUGGAUCUAAGUUUGUGGUAUGUUUAAGAGGACAAGUUUGGUAUGGUCUGUAACAGAAAAAACCAAUAUUCAGAGGGGAUUUUCUAGGCCUACGAAAGACCCUAGACUUUGAAACUAGUUAACAAAUAGAUUCCAAGUUGCUGUGCGUCUGUUCAGUAAUAGAUCACAGAUGACGUCAAAAUGUG